CACGACACUCCUCCCCACCAACACCACCCACAGCCCCCAUUUCCGACUUGACGCAUACCCUCGUGUCCGCCUCCGGUCCCCGCGUCCUAUCGUCCGUCCCACGAAGCUCAUUCGCCACCCAAUUCGAUCCUCGCGCCAUCAUUCCACCCACACGCUCACCACAGAUCCAUGAUCAGUGACCUUUGAGGACAGCUCGAUUUCCCGCCCGGUUUAGCUCUGUUGAUGGCAGCCUCGGAACAUGCCCAACGCUUCGACCACUUCCCCGAAAGCAUACCCGGCGGUAUCACGCGUUCGAGGUGGUAGCGGCAGCAGUGCGCAUCUCGCGGCGCCCAGAAACAAUGGUACCAGCACCAGUUUAGGUCCGCCGAUGACGGGAGCUAUAGGAGUGGCCAUGUCCGGCCCAUCGAAUCCAAACGGUCCGGGGGGAUUUAGCUCCAGCUUGCGGAGCACCACGACAACACUCACGACACCGCACACGCUUGUGAACGACUUCAACCCCCUUAGUCCUGUUUCAAGCGAGGCCCUAGUGGAAGAGCUUACAGACCAACUCAACAAAGCUAUCAAAUACAAAGAAGGUGCCGAGAACUUACUACAGGUCCUCGACUCGAAGAAAGUCAAGGAGGCAAAGCGCGCGAGGAAUGAGGCGGAGAAGGAAUACAAUGAGAGGAAUCGCGAGAUCACACAGCUACAGAGUCAGAUUGCGGCCAUCACAAAACCCCGGGAAACACCGAUACUACCGCGGGUCAUCGAGACGCUCCUGGAUCUACCCAACCAACCUCCUGCCUCGAACGGCGGAGGUUCAGAUGUUUCGGAGACGGAGUCACCUACGGUCUCGUUGACGGAUGUCUUGCGCGAUCUAGAGGAGAAGGGAAAUAGAAACGAAUUUUACAUCUCGAGGGCGAAUCAGUUGGUUCUACUCUUCAAGCGACAUCCGAACCUCAAGUACGAACUCAAUUGGGAGACAUUCGGGCACCGGUUGCAUUCGCUGCUACUGCACGAAAGCAAAGACGUCAUUGCUGCUGGCUACCGCGUCACUCGAGCCGCCCUGACGGACUUGCAGUCGCUGAAGACCACACGGCGACUCCACAUUGACCAUCUGGCUGUAUUGUCGCUGGUAUCGAGAUCUACCGUGGAACGUGAACAGGCCCUGAAGUUCGUGAGAGCAUUUCUGGAGAUACCGGGAGGCGUGGGGGAGAUAUCACGCGAAGUCGUGAGAGCUAUAGUGGCAUGUGCGGAGCAAGUAGACGACCGGUUGCGAGGAAUUGCCAUGGAGACACUGGCCGAAAUGUUGGUCCUUGACCCGGAACUCGUGGUCUCGGCCGGCGGAGUGAGGGUAUUGACCCAAGUUCUCGGCGAAGGUCCCUGGGAGAUCGCCGACUCUCUGAGUUUAGCAUUCCUGUACCUGCUUGAUAUGCCCGAUACACGGAAGUAUGUGCGGGCUGGUCAUGAUCUAGAGAUUGUGUUCUCGACCUUUACCGAUUCCAGUACUUUGGGUCCGAAAACACAUUCCGACGAGGAGAGAUUAAGGUCGGCAGCGAAAGUGAUCAGUAGUAUGCUGAAGUCGUGGUCAGGGCUUUUGUGUUUGUCCAUGUUUGAAAUGCGCUCUUUACGGUCGUUAGUUGAUUCAUUGCGUAUACCUUCUUCUGGCGUUCGGGACGUGAUUCUGGAGUUAUUUUUUGACAUUUUCCGCAUAAAGCCUCCUUCCUGGUCGACAACCUUUCUCGCUGGGAGAAGACUUACCACAUAUGGCCGUGUGGCCAAUCUCAAGAAUGACGAAUCUUCAAGAAAACCAGGCAAACAAGACAAUUCAUCCCAGGGCAACCUGGUGAAGCACUACACAUCACUCCUACUGGCCGUUUUCUUUGACGCUGGUCUGCUUGAGGUCUUGACCUCCAUCGUUGAGGACAACAGUGACCCCACAAUAGUCCGCAAAACUACCCUCCUGUUGGGCGAAGUAUUGAAACUGGCGAGCCAGCUGCUCCCUAGCAACUACAGUGCACGGAUGCAGCUUCUGCCGGGCCUAUUUUCGUCGGCCUCCAAGUUCGGGCUUGACGGACGUUUCUCGGCGUCUGCGGCAGUCUACCAGAUCGACAGCCUCAACCGGACACUUCAUCGUUCCUUGUCGGCCAGCACACCCCAUCGGAUUGCUCUGGAAGAGGAGAAAAGGGGACAACGGCAGGUGGAAUUGAAGCUGAAGUUGAACAUGACCAUUGAUGACCGACACUUCUCCAAUCUGAUUGUUGACACCGGGGUGUUAAAUACUAAGAGUUACAUCAAGUGGAACUGGGAUGCCCUGAAUGAAAUCAUUCAGGGACCCCUUCUCAAUCCUAAGAGGUUGGAGGAAGCCAUCAAAGUCACUAAGUUCAUGAAACGGCUUCUGUCAUUCUACCGUCCGUUUAAGUACCGGUUCAGUGAGAUCAAGAAUACGAAGCCGAAUCAGAGAUACGUCAAGACAGGUUGUGCGCUUUUCCGUACCCUCCUACAAACCAGCCAAGGCGUUCUUUUUCUAGCAGAACAUAAGAUAUUACGGCAGAUAGCGGAAUGUCUAGCACAAUUGGACAAGAUGAGCGGAAUUGUCUCUCCCGAACCGUUAUUCUCGGCUCAUCGCUUGACCGAUACCCUCAGUCGUGGGUACUUCUCUAUGCUGGGAACCUUGAGUAGUGAUGCGAAAGGACUCGCCAUGAUGGAGCGGUGGCGCAUGUUCAACAUGUUUUACCACAUCAGCGACCUCCAGGAUCGGCCCGACUUGCUAGAGUUGUUUGUUUCUACCAUGGAUUUCUCCUUGGAGGGCCACCCUCGCAUCAUCCUGUCAAAGGCAUUGACAACAGGCCCCAAGAGCGUCCGCUUAUUCGCAACGAACCAUCUUCGGAACCUGACAUCGCCGGACGAUCCGGACAAGGUUGCCACCGUCAGGAGCAACGAGACUGCAGAAUGGGCAAUACGCUUACUCAUAACCCAACUUUACGAUCCCGACGUGGAAGUAUGUGAAACCGCGGUGAGGAUAUUGGAAGAAGCUUGCAACACGACACACAGCCUCGAGUACGUAGUGAAAUGUCGACCGGCAUUGGAUCACCUUGGUGAGAUAGGUGCACCGUUACUGUUGCGGUUCUUAUCGACAUCAGUAGGGUACCAUUACUUGAACGAACUGGACUACAUACACCGUGAGAUGGACGACUGGUUUCAUGGACGAAACGACUCGUACGUGCUGGCGGUAGAGGCCUCGUUAGCUCGUGCCUUUGCCGAUGAUGAGCCAGUGAAGAAAGGUGUCAACACGAUGGACCGCGACAUGCUGGGGACAGUGCCGCCGCAUUUCUACCGUGAACUGGCACGGACUAGCGAGGGCUGCAAGUUGCUCCGAGAGAAAGGCCACUUCGAAGACUUUGCGCGGUUUAUACAGCAGUUCGGACAAGAGCAUGCAGACCCCGAGAUUGUUACGAAAAUCAAAGGAUGUUUGUGGGCGGUCGGUAACAUUGGAUCGAUGCCUCUUGGGGCUCCGUUCCUCGACGAAGCGGAUAUUGUCGGACCGAUAAUCAUGAUUGCGGAGACAUCGCAGGUGCUGACGCUCAAGGGAACGGCUUUCUUCGUGCUGGGUCUGAUAGCGAAGACGAUGCAAGGAUUGGAGAUCCUGCUGGAACAUGGUUGGGAUGGAUCGACGUCAACGAUGGGAGAAACACUAGGCUUCUGCGUGCCAAUAGACUUGCGACGGUUGCUCUCGGUCGAGCCGUGGCAGCAUACACGGGACGAAACCAGCGAAACCAACAGACCGUCGAUUCUGUCGAGAAUCCUGGGCGAAGACCCUGUAGACUCGGAUAUUAUUGGCGCAAUAGCCAACCUAUCCAACCAUAUCAAAGAGAGUCAAGCGACCAAAGAUCUCCUCAAACUCAAAGCGGCUCACAUUACGCACUUUGCCUCACCUGAGCUCUAUCGUCGAGUGAUGGUAUUACUCGAGUCUUACCGGUACCGGCUUCAGAUGCGACGGUUCAUCAUCGAACUGUUUGACAAGAGUGUGGUGGAACACUUGGUAAGGGAGGGACAGGCGGAGCCGAUAGGAUCACCGAUGUCACCAGAAGUUGAGCAUCAGCAUCAUCAGCAGCAGCAGUCGAACGUUAGCAUGAGUUGAGUUGAGCUGAAUUGCAAUUGAAUCUAAGUAGUAGUUGAUUGUGUGGAUGUGUGUGUGUGGAUGGACGUGUGUGUGUGUGUGUGUGGACGUGUGUGUGUGUGUGUGGACGUGUAGGGCUCGAGGUCGGAGGGGGUGUGGAGGUGUGUGGCAAGCACGGUCAAGAGUCGAGCCUGCGAUCGAGCUUUGGUCGUGACAUCUCAUAAAAUGGAAGCUACCGAUCUUGCCAUCCAGUCUUACAGCUCACAAGCUUCUCAAUCAAUCAAUGUGCAUGGGUUGCCUGGGGCCUGGGGGCGGGAGGGUGUGUG